UGUAGAAGUACUUACAAUCGUUUGAGAGGCAUUAAAUGUAAAGACUUCUAGAGGAGCAACAUCAACAUCCAUUUGUUCAUCAUGGAAUAAAAACUCUCACACUUCUGCGAUCAACAAGAUGCCACCUAGAAGUAAAAGUAUCAACAACGGUCGUCCAGGCCCAAAUUCACGCGGAAAUUCUGGCGCAAAAAGCAGAGCAGAUGGUUCAGGCGAAAAUUCACGCCGAAGUUCUGGCGAAAGAAACAACGGAGGUCGUUCAUUUCCAAAUUCACGCGGAAAUUCUGCCUCCACCUCCGCCGGCUCUCUCGAGAUGGAGGCAGGUAAAAUCGAAGCAGGUCCAGGUUCAGCUUCAAACAAGGAGACCACUGGAUCUGGCGCAUGGACUCCCUCCACCUCCGCCAGCUCUCGCUCUCCUUCACGAUCUUCCUCCAUUUCUAGUCUUGAACAUGGAUCAUCACUUGGACCAAAGGCCGAGUGGGAUCAAAUGCUGCAGCUAGAUGGAGCAGAACAAGAGGGCGCAAGCUGUCCUGCGCCCAAUCGUUAUAGCCUUCCGUCGCUUAAGAAUUGGAAGAAGCCGGGUUUUCCUACGAGUUCACUUUCAGCCAGAUUUAUGGUUUUUUCCAGCGACUCAGGCUCUGCGGGCACAGAUAGUGGACGUUGCCAGUUGAAGAUUCUACACAACAUCAUGAGUAGUGACAAAACCUGUUUUGAAAGUGGUGUUGCGCCCUGGGAGGGUGGCCGCGACACACUUCUUGGUCGUGCAGCGUAUGACGCCGGUCGUGCAGCGUAUGACGCCAGCACUGGUAAGGAAUUUGCAACUUUUUUCACGUUCAUCCUGAACAAACAACUAUAUCCGAUGAUCGAGGAGCAGGAGGCCAAGAAUAAUGAUGAGGAGCUGGGCGAUUCUCUGUCUUCUCCUGGCGCCACCAGCUUGGUUUUGGGCACGCAAACGUUGAAGACUAUCAUCUCCCCGUUGAAGACUAUCAUUCUGGACUUCCUACACGCUCGCUGGCGUCUAUCACCGCAAAUUCAAUUGUUGGACAACAACAACUCACCUUCGGGUGGACGUCUGAAUGCCGGUUUUGCGAACAUGCAAGAGGGCACAAGUAGCUUCUUUGCUUGCGCGUUCCUCGACGCCAUGACUAAAGAAGCGAAGCAAGAGAAAAAGCUGGGCACCGCUAAGUGCACUUCUGGAGAAAUUAAAAUUGUGGUAUAAUACCAUUAUUACAAGUAGAGUACUUAGUCUUAGACUUUGAUUUUCAGUCUACUGAAAUUUUACCUGUAGCUAGAAGUAGUUGUAUGAAAUUCUACUCGAAGAUUGAAUGACUCUGGUAUUUGGUAACCUAAUUUCGAUCAGAAGAAAAACCAGAAGAGAAUCCUUGUGAUUAAAUUCAGGUUACCAAAUACCGGAACAAUACGAAGAUAAGUAGAGAAAUGAUACUGUUCUUUUCUAAGGUCUUCUAAUACAUCAACUACAACUACUGACUCUUGAAGAAGAUCAUUAUAACUGCCCUUCUCUGAUACACUUACAAUCAGGCCCACGAGAAAGGCAGGUGGCAAUCCUUUUUAACGGAAAUAGUUGAACCGGCAUACACAGAGUUGCAAAAGGUAGUGACAUUGAGCUGCGUGGAUAUGGUGCGCACUGCUCUGUUACGAAACGGUGUCGCUCGCGCCAUUGCGGAUGAAAACAAACUCAGUGUGGUGAGUAAAUAUUUAUAAUUGUAAUUGAUUUUUCCACGACUUCUUUUUCUUCUCCUGGUUCUGAAUUCAGUUCCUUGUAUAGCGGGCGGAGGACCUUCUACUUUCCUGAAAAAAUAAUCAAAGUAAAACAUGAUGAUACAACUAAGUACGUAAACUGAAGAACGUGACCAAGGUACUACAGGUUCUUAAAAAAACAACUUCAUACCGAAUUCUCUCCGAAGACAAACCAAUAAGAUCCCACCUGUACUACAACUAAGGAUAAAAAGUGAGGACAGCAAAUAGUCAGACAUUAUGACAUAUAGUAUUAUUCUUUAUGACCAUUACUUACGCUUACCGCUAUUCUUGCAACAGGUGCAGUAUGCAGCUACUGUGGGCGGGAUUAUCUACCCCAAUUUGAAUGAUCCGAUCCUGGAGGGGUUGUGUCGAAGCAGUUCGCCUGCCGAAUUUUCUGCGGAAUUUGGGAAAUUCCGGGAUGCUGUGCUCCUACAGCAGCCGCAGAGGGCGCCCCUCGACUGGUGGACGAGCAUUCUUCAUCUCGCACGGGGUGGCAAAGGCGACCAAAGUGCAAGAGACACCGCGUGCCGUCAGCUGGAAAAAUUCGUGCCUCAAAUUAAGGCUCAACUUUCAAUGGUCAUUGGGGUUGGUCACUGAGAUCGAAGAGGCGACCCCUGGACGAGAGAACAGGGGAAAACGAAGGGAAAGGGGAGAGCCUUGGAGGGGUCUCUUCCGUUCCGAGUCAGUGACCAACGAAUGCUGAGCUUUAAUCGAAAGAACGGCCACGCCAUUUUGUCAGAGGCUGAACUGGAACGCAUCGGCUUGGUUACUACAGGAAGUGGUGCAGGAAGUGAUGAUCUUAGUCCUCUAUCAAAACAGCUUGACAGAAUAGGAAGAGAACUGUCGAGCACCUAUGAUCAGAAAGAAGACCGAUGCAUCUUAAGACUGGGGAACAACAUUUUCAGUUCCACGUCUCUUGCAGUGCCUAGUAGUGACACUGACACGUCGUGGCGUGGAGUCCGCGACAAAUUCCUUGGCAGCGCAGCAUUUCACGCACCUGGUUCUUUGGAGGAUGUAAGGCCGAUCUAUAACGAUCAAGAGGGUCGUUUACUUUUUCAAGACAUAACUAGUAUGACGCUGGACAGCCUCUUCGCUUUGGCGGAAGUGAUGGUGGACGCGAAGCAACCUGCGGUAUCUCAGGUGUCGGACACCUUGAAGAUUGUUGUGGUAGUUUUUCUCCAAAAUUACUGGAAGCUGAUCCCGGGAUUACAAAUUUUUGGAGGAGGUCAGCGCGCAAUGAGAGCAAAUUCUGCAAAUGCACGACCGCAGACUGUUCGUACAACAGAUACAGGGGCAGUAGGAGGUUCUUUAGUUGCGAAGCUACAGAAGAGCGUGUUUGCCUGCGCAUAUCUCGAGGCCAUGUUGGACCGAUCUAGUGACGAAGCAGCCCUUUUGAGCUCUUGCAGAGGCGCGGGCACAAGGGUAUUUGUUUUUCAGAGGAUCCUGAUCCUGAAUUUGUUUCGGAGGUUUCACAUAUCAUACUUGCACUGUAGCUCCUUCUGAUUUGUUUCCUAUGCGCAACCAAAAACGAGGUUCAAAACGAGGACUCAAAGUGGUCGACUUUUUUGAAAGCCAAGGUGAUUCCAGGAUACACGGCAUUGGGUAAGAGAGUCUAUACAGCAUGCACAGAUUCGGUGUGGAAACACCUGGACCGGAAGUCAAAGGUGCUCGAGCUUGCUGCAGAGACAGACGAAGAUCAGGUAAAUAAUAAUAGUCCAGCUCAUGAUCAUUAUUUUAGUGAAGUAGCUGACUCUGUCUUGUUCUAUCAUUUUUUUCAUUUCAUCAUCAUCACGAUCACAUGAUUUGAUGAAAUAUAGAUAUUUAGAAGUAUAUUUUAGAUAUAGAUGUACAGGCAGCGUAAAAGUAAAUAAAUGCCGCAAGAAAGUUUAAAAUGCGUAAGAAAGUAUACACGUUGGGGCCCGGGGCCGGUGCCUCAAAUGCUAGAAGACUAGGAAACACUUUUCUAAGGCAUCAUCUGGAGUUGGCUAGCUCUCGAGAAUAACCUCUGAUUCACUUGUUCUCCUGCAGGUCACGCAAUGGUCGGAAAAAUUGUGUCAAGCUACAUCGGCAAAGGAAUUUUUUCAUGCACUUCAAAACAUACCAGCGUUUCAGAAGACUUCUACGCCUGAGCCGCUUCAGAAGGCUUCUACGCCUGAGCAGAGGACAAACUUACGGCUACCAUUAAAAGUCUGCCUAGAUAGAUUUACAAAAUAUUAUAUACAUGCAACUGAUUGAAGACCAUGAUCAAGAACAUCUCUGGCCACUUCUUCUUCUUCGAGGGGUCGUGGGGAGAGAACGGAAUUAGAAGCAUCUUGACUUCGACGCCAUGGAUUUGUUUUAUUCUUGGCACUUUCGACCUAAAGAGAACGACAUUCGAGGAGCCAUCAUCAUGUUGCUAAAAGAUAUUGAAUAUUUCAAUACUGCACUCAGAUCGAUCAUUUGUAAAAGCUCUAAAAAACCACGACGUGAUGAACAAUGCAGAGCAGGACCCUCUUCUGCAUCCUUUCACAAGCGGCGUGACAAAAUGCUUGGCGCCGGAGGACAAUUCCUCAGUAUCUGGGGAAAUCGCUCAGAGCCUAGCAAACUGGGUAAAAGGAGGACAAGAAACUCUUCAGAGCAUUUUCGAAGGAACAGACUACAACAAGAAAGCUGCUGUGUGCAUUUUCAACAUGCUCUUCAGUUCCGAACCGUUAUUUGAUGAAGUCAUUGGAAAAGACGGCAGAACCAAAGUAGUGUCUUCACGAGAGCGAAUUACAAUGUUACUGCGGACGGCGACUGAUGCUCCUCGAUUGACUAAACAGAUCAACUCAGCUGCACAGAAAAUUUUGGAGUAUAGCUUUGUUCACGCAUCAGAUGAUGAGCAAAAUAAGAUUUUGAGAGCAGGAAGCCUCAUCAAACAGCUCGAGCAGCUCUGGAGUAAGAUCAGCGGUGAUCUUUCAAGGUGGGGCCUACUGCCUUCAAGCAGCGGCUCUAUCGUUUCAUCCAUGAGGAAGAAUUCGCGGGUAUUUCAUUACUCUGGGCUUUGCUAAGUUGUAUCUAAGCUUACUUUUUUCGAUUCUGUUGUAGUUGUACUAUCAAUUUGAAUUUACACGAAAUCACAAUAUGCAUGCGCAUGUUCAACGACAUUGCAGGCUCCCGCUGUACAAGCUGCGCAUUGGGAAUUGUGUCAGGAUUUUUUCAAAGAUGUCCUGAAAGUAUGGAGAGUUGCGAAGUGGCAGAGGAGAAAAGGGAGCACCACCCAUAUAAUCAUGAUGUCACCGCAUGGGGAGAAGCCACAGCCAGCACUGGUAACAAACGACCGCCUCUGGAGGUUCCCACUCUUGAACGAGUUUGCGCAAAAGCGUGAGGAUGUACUAUUAGUUACAGUUCCCCGCAAAUGCUAAAACAAAUUGACUUUUGCCUGCUGUUUCCGUUUCAGGGCUUCUCUCGCUUCGUAGAAGCUCUUAGUUGGGCCCGCUUCGUAACUGUGCGCGCAAUCCUCGCGCAAAUGCACCGCUUUCCAGCUAUGGCCGUCAUCUGCUCGAUUGCAGGGCUACUUGGCUCCACCAGUCCUUAGGCCAGUCCGUUGUGUUGGGCGUGGAGACUGGGCCCGUCGCCCAUCUGCUGCCUGCUUCUUCGAGAGCAGGCACAGAGGUGCAAGACUUGACGAAAGGCUUCGGCCUCUCCUCCGGGCUCGCAUCUGCUGAUACCGGCGGCGCGGUGUCGUUUCUGUUUUCUUUUGCCCUAGAUGGGCGAUGUCACCUGAUUGGCCCCAUUCAUCUGACUAUGUUUGGCCCACUGGUUAAUUUUCUCUUUUGGGGGGCAGCGCUACGUCGUGGGCGCGUUUGUUUCGCUGCGCUACGGAUUCUUUCAGCGGGAUGCAGCGUGGAGUGCCCUUGUGCCAGGCCUCCAGGCUGGCUGUCGCUUCAUUUCUUUGCCCCUCUGGCGUGGGGUAGUCUACCUCUUUUGAUUUAGUAGGUAGCCCCAUGCCUUCAGUGGGACACUCGGCCUACAAGCUUCAUGCCAAUGGUUAGACAUGUAUUCUACAACAGUCUCCAACCUUCGUAUGCAAGACACGAUUGCCGGCACCUCUUCAUUAUCCGUCUUCCUGUCAACAUCCUCAUCUCCACAUCCACAGGUGAUACAACGGCGUUUGUACUAUGAAACUAGUGACGGUCACCAGCACGCCAUCCAGGUUAUUAAACCAACGUCAGUCGCUAGUGCCCCCAGGGACGAGGUGCAUGUGGCUCGAGGUAUCAUUGGGAUGUGUCGACAUUCGAUGGGGCUCCUAGAGAGCCACCCUCUUUCUGAUACUGCUUUCGAGCGGCAGAAUUUGGGGAGAAAACACCUCACGAGUAUCUGCGCGGGUCUCCUUGAGAGAGCUCAAGGAAUAUGUAACGCUAAGAUCGGGCCUCCGCCGGAGCGCGACAUGAAGCCGCCUACAUCCUCCAGUUUUUUCGAAGAGUCCUCUUCGACAAGAAACGUCACGCUUUCAGUCUUCUUAGAGGACGGUGAGCUACUAGGUAUAUAUUUCUUCUCUAAGACACCUAGAAAUAUAUAUACUUACGAAAUUCUUUCUCCUUCACCUCCUAAUUCCAACUGAAAAACAAAGGGAAAAUUGAAAUUGUUCUGCACUUGCACUUUCUUCAUUUUUUUUGAAAUUUUUCACCAGAUACCCAAUGGAUUAGCAAUGGAGAGAACGAUGUUCUUGGUGAGGCAGAUACCCAAGCGAUUGGCAAUGAAGGCAAGGCUAUUGGCGAUGAAGGCAGGGAUGCCGGUAUUGCCGAUGAAGGCAGGGAUGCCGGUAUUGGCGAGGAAGGCAGGGAUGCCGGUAUUGGCGAUGAAGGCAAGGAUGCCGAUAUUGGCGAUGAAGGCAAGGAUGCCGAUUAUGAUUUUGGCGAUAACGGCAAGGAUGCCGUUAUUGGGGAUGACGGCAAGGCUAUUGGCAAUGAAGGCAAGGCUAUUGGCGAUGACGGCAAGGCUAUUGGCGAUGAAGGCAAGGCUAUUGGCAAUGAAGGCAAGGCUAUUGGCGAUGACGGCAAGGCUAUUGGCGAUGAAGGCAAGGCUAUUGGCGAUGAAGGCAAGGCUAUUGGCGAUGAAGGCAAGGCUAUUGGCGAUGAAGGCAAGGCUAUUGGCGAAGAUGACGGCAAGGAUAUUAGUCGCGAUCAUGUACGCAAGGAUAUUAGUCACGAAGAGGAUGCGGUGGCUGAAGGAGUAGACUACAAUAUCAACAUGCUAGCUGGGGAAUGGUACACCUCCUACGCUGCCGGCCCCACAGAAAUGAUCGGAGAUUUGAUUUUAUGGCUCGAUAUAUACUAUAUUCACAACAAAGAUACUCUCCAGAGAUGACUCGUGGAACUAAAGAUUUUCUGCUCUUGACAGAUGAGAUGACAUGAUGACUUCACAGAAGAUGACAGAUUCAGAUGUCAGGUCAGAGAAGAUGAUCUCUUCACAGAAGAUGACAGAUUCAGAUGUCAACAUGUGAUGUGUAGUCGCUCUCUCCCGUCAUGUAAUUUGUAAUAGUAAUCCACGACAACGAAGAACUUUUCUAACCUAUGCGACGUAUGGCGACGAUCCUGCGGGAGCGGUCUGGAAGAAUAUCACGGAACAUCCCACUGCGUUUGUGGUCUCUUUUAUGAACACAACAACAUGAAAUGAUCUUUAUUUAUGCUUAUCUUAUAUAUACAGUAGUUCUCUCUAAAAACCUCUUUUCUCGAAUAGUAGAUUCUUAUCUUAAAUACAUAGUAGUUCUACUUUCUAUCCUCUUCCUCUUUCCUCGAAGCUAAUAUUUUUAGCAUCCUACGUAAGUACAUGAAGAAGAAAACAACACCACGACGAUCUUCAUGUGGAGAAAAAUUGAACUAGUGAACAAUAACGUACACAUGAAGCGGAAGCUAGCACUACCACACUGCUCCACGACCACGACGAUGGGAAAGGUAAACGAUAGAGAACUGCUACUGCUGUUUGAUAGAGAAAACUACACCAGUAAAGAGAAAGAACUCGUCUAUAACUAUAGAUACGAUCCCCGUUUUCGUUUUCGACAGAGUAUCUUCGAGGUCAAGAGUGGCAUUUUUCUAAUCAGGUGGUACUUGUACAGCUCCUCAUGAUGCUGCUCCACCGCUUACGUGGAGGUCGCGGAGCGCCUCCUGUAGCACACCAGGGAAAACCUGUGGAGAUGAAGGAAAUGAAGUUGCGGUUCGCUAAACAGAAUCAAUCGUCUUAUGGCUAAUCUUUUCAACCAUAGAGCUAGAGGUAAUCUUCUUUUUACCAUGAGAUACUAGAGAUUCUUAAACCAUAGAGGUAAUCUUUUUAUCAUGAGAUACUAGAGAUUCAGAUUGAUUGUUCAUUGCAUCUUGACGGCCUCCUGGCAUGUCAAAGUCAACCUUCUUAACCUCGUCCUGGGGAUAUUCUUGCCUUCUCUUAGCAUAUACCUGAAAUGAAGCCUCUAAGCUCCCACGGCUGACGAUGCUUCGAGCAGCGAGGAGGAGGAGCAAGUGCUUCUCAAGUAGGAAGGCUGGUGCUCGAGUAGGGUAGGAAAAACUCCUUGAAGAUGAAGAAGAAUAUUGACAAAUGAAUUCUGAUACUAGAUUCGACAUCACAUGUGCAUUAUUUGAUCAUGGAAACGGAGGUAUUUUUACAUUAAGAUCAUGAUGCGAUUAUCAACAUGAUACUACCCAGUAGAACAAUCAUGGCACAAGAACAUAUUGAAGUGAAAACCUUUCUCAUUCUCAAUUCUGCUUUCCAAAAUUUUUAGCUACCCUUGAGGGAAAACCUAGCUACUUUCGUUCUUAGCUAUUUAAGUUUAAACUAGUUAGGCUUGUGGCAAGGGGACGGCAGCAGCAGCAGCUUCAACCGCUGGGAUCGAUCUGGCAGGAUCUUCCGAUCCCUGUCUUGGACAGGACCUGAAACCUUGAGUGUGCAGGUAAGUCGUCAAGUAUUGUCGUUCCAACACGUCUGCGGCACCAGGUGGCCACAACAUAGGUCUGCUGCCGUCCCCUUGCCACAAGCCUAACUAGUUUAUUAAACUUAAAUAGCUAGGUUUUCUCUUAAGAGUAGCUAUAAUUUUUGGAAAGUAGAAUUGAGAAUGAGAAAGGUUUUCACUUCAAUACAACAGAUGCGACUUAAGGGUGUUAGUUGUGAUCAAUGCUACAUAACCAUAACUGAUGUAAAGCCCGACCCACUCCCGUGGGUACUAUUAGUUGUUUUUUUUUAUCGACGAUAUGAAAAAAUUUCCAAGACGAAAACGAGUCCGGAUGUGUCCUGAAAGGAUUUGACGUCUUCAUGCUUACACUUUCUCUUUCAACAUUCUUACUUUGAGAAUGACAUCUCCUCCACUUUAAGAGUGACAUCAUGUAGAAAAUGUCAACAUGUAUUUACAAUUUCAUCAUACCGAAAAGUUCAGAUUUUUGGUUCUUUGAUUGCGGCAAGAGUAACUCAUUCUCGUCCCCACCUCCCACUCCCCUCCCAAGGAAAAGACUGAUGAGAAACAAAAUAAAGAGGUUAUUAUUUAUUAUUCUUUUCCUCGAAAGACGAAGGUGCGUUUGGAAAACUUUAUUAAAGUCUACGUUGUCCCCAUCAUGCCUUUGCCCCCUUGAAAUUUUGUACCCUAAAAUUGAAAUUGACGGGUCCGCCGAU